AUGUCUGAUACCUAUACUUCCUGGACGCUCCUAUUUGACGGAUCUCGAAUGGACUUGGCAUCAGGAUGUGGUAUUGUUAUGAUUUCUCUUGAAGGUCAGAAAACUCUUCUAUCCUUUCAGUUUGAUUUUGAUUGUACUAACAACCAAGCAGAGUAUAAAGCAGUCAUCAUUGGACUGCAGAUCAUUAGAGAGCUAGGCAUGCAAACAAUUGAAGUCUUUGGAGAUUCCCAAUUGGUGAUCAAUCACUUCGGAGGCACUUACAAAUGUCAUAGUCCAGACUUUGCACUAUACUACAUAGUGGCCAAGCAACUUCUAGAAAACUUUGAUGAUGUAAUUCUAUCUCAUGUUCCAAGGAGAUUCAAUACAAAAACAAACGAGCUUGCAUAUGUGGCCAUAAGAGGCAAUAUUCCUCAAGGAGUCUAUGACAGAACAAUCAUAGCACAUAGGAAACCUUUGCCUUUUGUCAAAAGGAGGGCACUUGCUAUUUUGGACCUGUUUCAUGUGGAGAUUUCAGAGUCAGAUUGGAGACAUCCUUUGAUCCAGUUCCUGAAGUAUCCAAACUUAAAGGCAUACCAGAAGACCAAAAGGAGAGCAGUCAACUACGUGUUGAUGGAUAGAGAACUCUACAAGAAGAGCCCAAAAGAUGAUUUAUGCCUAAGAUGUCUGAGUUAG